AUGUCUCAGGAACUUUGCGAACCGACCAUCAUCCAGGAAUUAGAUUCCGGUCUCCUGGCCGAUACUGCAAUACCUUAUAUGCCUGAUCAUUUCCUACUGCCUUCCAUGGACGGUCUCUUUGCUGACUCAGAUUUCUUGAGCCAUGGCCAUGACUGGGAGGGAAUGUUGGCCGACCCAGGUCUUGAGUUGCAUGGUCCUAACAUGCCUGACGAGGGUAUGAUCCAGCAAGUCACCCCAGAUAGCACGGAUAUCUCUUCACGGGUCCCGGAUGGCCCUUCGCAUGAUGAUGAUUUCCACGAGCUGAAGCCUCUUAGCUGUCCAUGGCUUCUAACCGAAAGCCAGUAUUUACAGAUUACGAAUUCCCUCACGCCAUUUCGACAUGUUAUGCCCCAUUUCACCUUGCCGUCGAGAAUGGCUGUUGCACGAUACUUACUUGGUUAUGUAGAAGGGUUCAGUGACCACCACCCAUUCAUCCAUGUCCCAACCUUAAAGCUGGCCUCCUUCGUUCAUACCCCCGAGUUUAUUCUGGCUAUACUAGCCGUGGGUGCUCAGUAUCGCUAUGAGAUGAGAACCGCCAGGUCUCUCUACCAGGCUAGCCGAUCUCUCGUGCUGGAACGUCUUCAAAGAGCGAACAAUGGCAUACAUACCACAGCUGCCCAUAUCAACCAAAGCAGCGAAGGUCCUUUACCACACUAUGCAGAACAUCGCCUAGACCAAACCCGUGCUCUGCUUCUAUUGGCCGUCUAUUGUUUUUGGCACGGUAGCCCGGAUCUAUCGCAAGAAUUGUACAACUACCUGAGUACGAUUGCCGACUCGCUCCGCCGACUUGGUCUGUCUGAAGAGGCACAUCCAAACAGAAUCAGUUGGACUCGAUGGAUUCAACACGAAACAAAACGACGUACUCAAUUCUUUGGUUGGUAUCUACUAAACCUUCAUACGGUUAUAUACGACAAUCCACCCUUGCUGCUUACACGGGAAAUGAACCUUCAGCUCCCAUCCUCGUGCCAGGAGUGGGUCGCGCAGACAGAAGCCGAAUGGAUCAAAAUCAGUAGUCGAACCCCCUCUCCACUGAUGCUGAAGGAGGCCCAUGCAGCCCAUCUUGCACAAUACAGCGAUAUAUCUGCAGACAUUGAGGCAUCCCCUAUGGGAAGUUACAUUUUGAUUCACGCACUCAUUCAACGUAUCUACAUGUUGCAUCAGAUCUCUCUGGAGUCUCAGGCACAAAGCCUCUCUGCUCCAGACAUUCAGGAACUGGAGCUGUCACUGAACCACUGGCGGCACACAUGGUGUCGCUCCCCCGAAUCUAAACUGGACGUGUAUGAUUCAUAUGGCUCGCUGUCCUUCUCCGCUACCGCACUGCUAGGCGUGGCCCAUAUCCGCUUGCAUUACAACCUCGGACAAUGGCGCGGUCUGCAAAGCGGGGAUCCGACGACAGUUGCCGUGACGCUGCGUGAGGCGCCCCUGCCCCGACGCGGCCCGCAUCUCAUACAUGCCCUCUUACACUCCAUUCACUCUCUUCAAGUACCCGUGCAGGUGGGCAGCUCCUACCUCUCGCGAUGCAAGUCUUUUGGAUGGAGCGUGGAUCACGCCAUCUGCAACCUGGAAUGCGCCACUUUUCUGAGUAAAUGGCUUCAAAUGGUGGCUAAUGCCGACGAGAAGCAGUCGCCCUCCGCGCUGGAGGUGCGUGUUAUCCGAUGGAUCAUUCGUGUGGUGCGUGAAGCGCUGAUGUCACAAGAUGAGACCAUCCACCUCAGCCAUCAGAUUGAUGAUUAUCGGCCUGAAGCGCGGAAACAAACCACUAGCUUCCUUAGUUUUGCAGUGGUCAAAGUGUGGGCCGAGAUGUUUAAAGCUUGCAAUAGCCCUUGGCCAAUGGUAAGAUUCGUAGGUCAGGGGUUGGAGCAGUAUGCGGAGUUGAGGCACAGGUCCUUGGCCACAGAGGCAGAGAGCUAG